UACGGGCAAAAUAACUGCAGUGAAUGGCAGAAAUAGUAAUUUCACAAAAAAACGAGGGGCAGUUAACGUUUGAAAAUGGCAAGAGAAUAAAGAAAACAAAAAAGUGAAGAAAUGCAGAGAGGAAAGAAAUGGAAAGAUAGAAAAUCAAAGUAGAUACAUUUUUAGAGAGAGAGAGAGAAACUUCACUCGAAAAGGAAAGAUUGUCCAGAAAGGGAGAGAGAUCUGAGUUAAGCUGCGAGUUGGGAGGAGUACUGAGUCGACUCGUGGUGCGGCGGCGGGUCACUGUUUCAACGAUUAAGAUCGCGACCCGUCGGAUCCUGUAUCUUGAAAUUGGCGUUAACCGUCCGAUUUAACAGAACCCCUCUCUCUCUCUCUCUGAAGUUUCAACUUUUUGAAGCCAAACUGAAAGGGAAAGCAAAAAAUAAUCGAUCGGGUUGGGUUGUGGAUCUUUAUUUCGGCGCUGACGCUGCUUCUGCUUCCUCAGAUUUGAAGUCUGUGGAAGCUUUAACUUCACUGUAAAUGGAAGUGAAUAUAAAAAAAAUAGACAGCAGUUGGGCAAUGGUGAAGAAUUUACUGCAUUGCCAAAUUUUUUAGUAGCUUCAUUAGUAUUGAAGUUGGAUAGCAAAGCUUAAAAGCCCUAGUCUUGGUUGUUGUGGAACCUUAGAAGAAAUAUAAUCUUUUAUCUUAAAAGUUAUUGUUUUGGAGAAUUUAAGAUAAAGAUGGAAGUGAGUUUUUGUUAAUUUUUAUGUUUUUAAUGUUAGGGGGGUAUUAGAGAUGGAGGAAAUCAUAGCUUAUGAAUAGAAAUCAAAAGAUAGAGUUAAGUAUAAUGGAGGAUCUUUCCAAGUAUGAUCAUAGUCCUGUGCAUUUAGCUGUUGCCCACCGUGACUAUGCUGGGCUUAGGCAUAUCGUCUCAACACUCCCUCGGCUUGCCAAGGCUGGUGAGGUUAAUACUGAAGCUGAAUCUCUUGAGGCUGAGCUCCAGGCUGAUGCUGUUUCGGCUGUUAUAGAUCGUCGUGAUGUCCCUGGUAGGGAGACUCCGCUGCAUUUAGCAGUGCGGUUGCGAGAUCCAAUUGCGGCGGAGAUAUUGAUGGCGGCUGGAGCAGAUUGGAGUCUUCAGAAUGAGCAAGGUUGGAGUGCUUUGCAAGAAGCAGUAUGCACAAGGGAAGAGGCAAUUACUAUGAUCAUUGCACGACACUACCAGCCACUUGCCUGGGCAAAAUGGUGUCGUAGACUUCCCCGGAUUGUUGCCUCAGCAGCUCGAAUCCAUGACUUUUACAUGGAGAUAACUUUUCAUUUUGAAAGCUCAGUCAUUCCUUUUAUUGGUCGUAUUGCACCAUCAGACACUUACCGCAUUUGGAAGCGGGGUUCAAAUCUCCGUGCUGAUAUGACACUUGCUGGAUUUGAUGGGUUCCGUAUUCAAAGAUCAGACCAAACAUUUCUCUUUCUAGGGGAAGGGUACACUUCUGAGGAUGGGAAUCUUUCUCUUCCUCCAGGCUCUUUGAUUGCUCUUUCUCAUAAGGAAAAAGAAGUUACAAAUGCUCUGGAGGGGGCUGGUGCACAACCAACAGAAUCAGAAGUUGCUCAUGAAGUAGCAUUGAUGUUUCAAACUAAUAUGUAUAGGCCUGGAAUUGAUGUCACUCAGGCUGAGCUUGUUCCUCAUUUGAAUUGGAGGAGACAAGAGAGAAGUGAGAUGGUCGGAAAUUGGAAGGCUAAAGUUUAUGAUAUGCUUCAUGUGACAGUCAGUGUGAAGUCAAGGAGGGUUCCAGGUGCAAUGACUGAUGAAGAGCUUUUUUCUGUGGAUAAUGAAGAAAGGAUGGCAAAUGGUGGUGACAAUGAUGAAUAUGAUGAUGUAUUGACAGCUGAGGAAAGGAUGCAGUUGAAUUCAGCACUUUGUAUGGGAAAUUCUGAUGGUUUUUGUGAUGAUGGUGAGCAUGGAGUCGUUGACUGCCAAGAAAAUGGUUCAGGAGGUUCCUAUGAAAAUUGUGAAUCAAAUGCUGUUGCCAAGGAGAAGAAGAGCUGGUUUGGCUGGAAUAAGAAAGCCUCAAAGAAUAGUGAUGAUGCUGAGGAUUCUAAGAUUUUGAAGAAGUUCUCAACUUUGGCCCCUGAAGGUAGCAAUCAGAGACAAGUUGGUAGUCACAAAUCAUCUUCUGAAUCUACAAAGCAAGAUGCUGUGGAUGGCAAGAACGGUAAAGAAAAAGGCAGCAAGAAGAAGAAGAAGAAAGGGGGCAUUAGUGAUGAUAAACAUGAGACUGAGUACAAGAAGGGUUUGAGACCUGUUUUGUGGUUAACACCAGAUUUCCCUUUAAAGACAGAGGAACUCCUGCCUUUACUUGACAUAUUAGCCAACAAGGUUAAGGCUAUAAGGAGACUAAGGGAGCUUUUGACAACUAAACUGCCUUUGGGCACAUUUCCAGUCAAGGUUGCCAUCCCUAUUAUCCCAACUAUUCGAGUCCUUGUCACCUUCACAAAAUUUGAGGAGCUUCAGCCCAUUGAGGAGUUCUCAACACCUCUUUCCAGCCCAGCACAUUUCCAGGAUGCCAAGUCAAAGGAAUCAGAGGGUUCAACAUCAUGGAUUUCAUGGAUGAGAGGGAGUCACGGUGGCCAUUCAAGUGAUAGUGAUAGUCAUCGGUAUAAGGAUGAGGUUGAUCCUUUUCACAUACCAUCCGACUAUACCUGGGUUAAUGCCAAUGAGAAAAAACGUCGGACAAAAGCUAAGAAAGCUAAAAGCAAGAAGCACAAAAGGCCGGCAGGAGCCAAAGGUGGGGAUGGAGGCCAUCAGGUGAAUGAAGAGGUCGAUGAAUAAUUACAGUCCCAGUUGUUUCACCCCUUUGGUUGGCAUCUACAAGAGAAAGAGGAGUUAAGGCUCCUCCCUAUACGCAUCUGACAUUUUUCUAAUUACACUUUGCAACUUGGGGCAGUUGAUUUGCAGAAUGAUUGGUAGGGGAAUCACUUUGAUUAAGAAGAGGAACUUUGUCUUCUUCUAUUGUUGUAUUGUUAUGCGAUGUGAAAUUUGAGAUUUCUUUAAUAACUUGUUUCAUUUCUAAUUUUUCUUGGACAUCAAAUCUUUGUAUCUAAGUCCAUAGUCAUCAAAUUUUCAUUUUU